AUGAGUUUCUAGGUAAAUUUUAAUUUGCUAUAACAUAGACAACAGAUUCAAAAAAAGAAGAAUUUAGAAAGUAUUUGGAGAAGGCUGGAGUGAUUGAUCAGCUUACAAGAGUAUUGGUUGGGUUAUAUGAAGAACCAGAGAAACCUAACAAUGCAAUUGAGUAAUUUGAGUAUUUAACUUAGUUAUGUGAAAAAAUAUUUGGGAUCACCUGUGGACAUUGACGUAGAUAAGCUAAAAUUAGAGUAUGAAAAACUUAAGGAUGAAAACAUCAAGUUAAAGAGAGAAGUUGCAGAAUUAAAAAAAGAAGUUAGUAAUUUAUUUUAUGGCUCUUUAGUUAUAGGCUGCCUAGUAGGAGCAAAAUUGAG